GUGCUGCCGCGGGUGCCCGCCGCCGCCUUCGGCCCCGGCGUGGGGCACAGCCUGCAGCUGCCACCCUUCUACGUCAGGCAGUACGAGGCGCUGAGCCCCAGGUGGGAGGCCGUGCGCCGGCGCAGCCUCAGCGCGGUGAUCCUGCCGUCGCACCGCCCGCCGAGGCGCUCGCGGCGGCGCCGGCCGGCCCCCGGGCCCGGGAGCUACAGCGCGGAGGACGGGGCCCUGCGCUGCCUGCGGGCCGACCGGCUCGUCACGCGCUGGAUCCUCCCGCGCCGCGGCCGCGGCCUCGGCGAGCACGAGCGCGGCCUGUACACCGCGAGGCCGGUGGACCCGUCCGUGCGCGGGGACCCUCGGCGGCUCGCUGCCGCGGAGGACGACCUCGCCGUGCGCCGGCGGCGGCCCUCGGCGCUCAUGCGUGCGCCGAGCGCGCCCCCGGAGCUGCGCCGGAGCUGGGCGGCGGGGGACGGCUGGCGCUUCUACGACCAGCCCCCGAAGCCGCAGCCAGAGGGCCUCGGGACCUUCGCGCGCAGGAUCGAGUUCGAGGACUUCCCCCUGUGGGAGCAGCGCUGGAGUGCCCUGGAG